AUGUUGGCAGCUCAGGCUAUCCCUGUGGUGUUUCCAUGUUCGUGGAGACGACCUCUUGUCCUGCCUCUCCGGAGCACAAAGACUUGCAAACCGGUCGCAUGUGUUGAUCUGAAAGGAGGCCAAGGAAUGAGUGGGUUCCAUGCGACUGAACUCAAAGUUCGCGAUUAUGAACUGGAUCAGUUUGGUGUUGUGAACAAUGCCGUUUACGCAAACUACUGCCAAUACGGUCGACAAGAGUGUCUGGAGAGUAUCGGUGUCAACUGUGAUGAAAUAUCCCGUUCUGGUCAAGCGUUGGCAAUUCCUGAGUUGACAAUAAAGUUCAUCGCACCUUUACGUAGUGGAAACAAGUUUGUGGUGAAAACGAGGAUAUCUGGGACAUCUGUGGCACGCAUUUACUUUGAACAGUUCAUCUAUAAAAUUCCAAAUCAAGAGCGUAUUUUGGAAGCAAGAGGAACGGUUGUGUGGCUUGACAGCAACUACCGUCCUGUUCGUAUCCCAUCUCAUAUUUUUAAGAGUAUGUUUAACAAAUAUCACCAAAUUUAA